CUUACUAGAGAAUCAAAAAGCGAGAGAUUCAAACGAAGAAAAUAUUCAUGUCUUCGCUUAUGAUUUCUUGUAUUUGCCUAUGAAUUUCAAAAUGACGAGCAGCGCAGGCUAUGGAUUUGUGAAUUUCACCGAUCACAGAACUCUCUCAAAUUUUUUUGGGCAUUUUAGUGAGAGAGCAAAAGCGUAUCCAAAUUCUGCAAGGAGCGUUCAGAUGGUCAUUGCGAAGAUCCAGGGAAAAAAUGCUUUAGUGAACCGAUACAAGAAUACAAGAUUUGUGUGUGAAUCAGAAGAGUGUCUUCCAGUUCGGUUUAAUCCUCAAAGAAAUGGUUCUAGGGAAUCAGUGCAAGUGAUUACUGUGGGGAAAUUCGAAGUCAUUCCAGAUAUUCCGAUCAAUCGAUUUUAGGGUUUAGAUAAGCUAACUUUGCAGGGGAGAAGUAAUUGAAUAGC